UCGCUCAUCCUUCAGCUUCAUCACCACCACCUUCUUACAUAAUACCCAGAGAGAGAGACACCCCGAUGUCGCCUUGAAAAUUGGUUCUUUUUUUUACUGGGUUCGACAAACCUUUCCCCAGAGAGAGAGAGAGAGCGAUUCCUUCGCUUCGUAAUCGACUGAGAAGACGGAGGAAGAAGGGUAUCGCCGAUGCGCUCUUGUGCUCGUUGCUGGUCAUCGGGGGCUUUGAUUCAGGAGAAUUGAGCUCCUGACUGUUGAUUUCGUAGCGCGUGCUGUUCACGUCCUCCUCUGCAAGUAUUUUCUUAGCAUUACUUGGAUCGAGCAAUUGGAUGUGUGCUCUGCAGUUUAUGCAGACGCAGCCUAUCCCUGUUUUCAUCGGAUGAGGCUUGCCCAAGGGACCAGUUUAUCUUUUCGCUCGUGGUCGGGAGUUUUUGCUAGGGUUCCGUUAAUGAGUGACUGCUGAUUGCAAAACUGAAGUUACUGUAAUUUAACUUCCAGGAAAGGACAGUGGAUUUGCCUUAAGAGGUUCUAUUGACUGACACGAUCCAACAGGCAGAAUGGGUGUCUCUGGGAAAUGGAUCAGAGGCUUGGUCGGUUUAAAAAAAUCGCAAAAGUCACCUUCAAAUAAGGAUGAACAGGAGGUGAAUAGUGGCCAAUCACAUUCCAAGUCUCUGCACUCUGCUAACUGUUCAGUUGGUACGGAGACUGAAAACAUCCAAGACCAGCUUAAUUGCAAUUAUGCUUCUCAUGUUGUGGACACAAACGAACAUUUCAUCUCUGAUGCUGCUUGUAGCCCUUCCACCUGCUUUCAAGUACAGAAAUCCGAUCAUCACCAGCAAAUUCUAAGAGAAGAGUUGGCCGCAAUGCGCAUCCAAACAGCUUUCCGGGGUUUCCUGGCAAGAAGAGCUUUAAGUGCUUUGAAAGGGUUGGUGAGGCUUCAGGCCCUUGUUAGAGGUCAUGCUGUGAGAAAGCAAGCUGCAAUGACACUGCGUUGCAUGCAAGCUUUAGUAAGAGUUCAAGCCCGUGUACGGGCGAGGCGUGUGAGACUAGAAUUGGAAAGUCAAACAGCAGAACAGAAACUUAAGCAACAAAUUGCAAAGGAGGCUCAAGUUCGGCAGAUUGAAGAAGGUUGGUGUGACCGCGUAGGAUCUGUAGAAGAAAUUCAAGCCAAGUUAACGAAGAGACAGGAGGCUGCAGCUAAGCGUGAAAGAGCCAUGGCUUAUGCUUUAGCUCAUCAGUGGCAAGCAGUAUCAAAACAGCAGGCUGCACCUACAGGGUUUGAACCAGACAAAAGCAGCUGGGGAUGGACCUGGUUGGAGAGAUGGAUGGCAGUUCGUCCAUGGGAGAACCGAUUUCUCGACAGUAAUAUCGGUGAUGGAGUGACGAUUCAAGAAAGUGGCUCCGCGCAGUGUGCAGACGACACUAGAGCCCAGUCGAAGUCUGCCAGCAAGAAACCGGGUUCGACAAAUCUUUGUAAUCAGAAAACAGGGCCUUCUCAGACUAAUGAUGUUGGCUCUUCACCUAAUAAAUCAUUAAAUACCGUGCCCUCUGAUCAGGCAGUCCCUUCCAAGCCAGAGUCAAAGCUUGUCAAUGAUGUAAUUCAAGCGACCCAAGCCGGGUCUGGUCGGAGUUCGAGAUCGCAAAGUAACCCUAAAGAGAGAUCAGUUCAAUCUGAUAAACGGGCAAAGAAGCGAUUCUCUCUGCCUAAUUCUGGGUCGACUGUCGGGGCACCAGCUGCUAAGAACCCCGGUAGAACUGCUGCAUCGAGAAAAUCGGGUCCGCCCGCAAGAUGCGUUUCUGAGGAAAGCUGAUCUGAGGAAAGCUGAUCGGUAACCUCUUGAAUUAUGAAGAACAAAAGGGCCAAUCUCAUUCUGUUUUAAGGCUCCGUACAUAAUGCACGAAUUGCAGUAGACGCAAGCAAUUGCUUCAAGUGCACGCAGACCCCUCUCCCACCACUUGUCAAGGUUUUUUUUCCAAAAAUGGCAGAGCGGAAGAGAUUGCUUCGGCUUGUUGGCAUCAACAAGCAUCGCGUCCGCAGCUCUCCUUCUCGCACCCGUGGUGACCGCAUCUCCCGUUUUUACUUUCCAGCUUGGGUUUUUGCUCACCCGUGUAUAUGUAUAUCCUCCGAAGCAAUUUGAUCCUUGCCGUCGUCGAGGACAUAGUUACUGUAUUCUGGUCUUUGGUUGUCGAAGGGGUAUUAUGAUUCCUAGAGUCGUAACUUUCUGUUUUGUGCUCUCUCCGUGGUUCCCCGUGGUGUUACAAUUCCUAGACCAUCUAUCUUUCCUGAAAAACAAACGAUUUGACUUUUUCUUCUGAUA